AUGAGUCAGAGUCAAUCUUUGCGGAGUGGCGUGCGGGCUCUUCCCCGCGUGCGACAAGGGACAUGGGCGCGCCGCGGGUGGCAGUCCCGGUCCAUCCAGAUUCGCGCGACGCCCUCGGAACGGCCUGCGACGAGCGGCAACGGGUUGCCUAUUACGAGCACCCCUGCUUCGGCUGAGUCGGCGGAUGCUCGGUUUGAUGUCGUCGGUGCGCCAUACUCGCUACUAUCGGUUUCUUUAUCCGCCUCACAAAAACUAUACACACGACGGGGGACGCUGGUUGGGUUAAGCGGAAAGGCGGAUAACGUGGUUUCGUCUUUGAGCGCGCUGGAGCCCUUUCGGAGAGCCGCCGUGGGCAUCCCGUUCCUGUACCAGAAGGUCUCUUCGGCCAGCCCGGUGACGGCUUUGGUCUCGGUUCGCUCUCCCAACACGUCCUUUGCUGUCGUUCACCUCAAUGGCUCCGUGGACUGGAUCGUGGCCCAGCGACGCGCGCUGCUGGCCUGGACCGGACGGUCUCUCACCAUUCGACCGACUCUGAACACAAAUCUGAGUCUGGCCCACUGGGGCAACUCCGAGGUCACAGGGCGAGGACUCAUGGCACUGGUUGGCAACGGUCAACUAUACAACGUCGAACUGAAGGCGGGGGAGCAAUACAUCGCUCAUCCUAGCAACGUCGUCGCAUACACCAUGAGCUCGAACCCCCCUCGUCCCUACCGCUUCAAGUCCACCACACUGAACUUCCAAAUCCCGGGACUCAAGAACUGGCCCGGUUUCAUCCAGAAGUCCAAGUUCGUCCAGGCGAUGUCGGACUCUGACAGCUGGAAGACAGCCAUGAAAGUCCUGCACACCCUCCGCACCUGGUCGCGGAUGACCAUCUGGGGCGACAGACUCUUCCUCCAAUUCGACGGCCCCACCAACAUCCUCAUCCAGACGCGCGGGCCCCGCCUCAACGACAUCCUGACCCCCCAGCAGGUGAACGAGAUCGCCGACACCCCGCGCGGACUGACCACCGGCCCGAAGUCUGAACAGGAAACGGAAGGCAAGAAGAUCGUCGGAGACAUCAGCGUGGCACCCGUCCCGCCACGGACGAUCGAGGAAGUGGAAAUGGAAAUCAAGGGAUCGGCGCAACGGAUCGCUGAUAUCACCAAGGACGGGAAUGUGAUUUUUGAAAAGCCGGGCAAGGCGCAGUAGAUAUGGGCUGUGGAUUCAUCGUGCGUUUGAUGCAUGGUUUUAUUUUUUGGGAAAUCUCCCAUUGCAGGCUCAAUCAUGUAUUAUAGAUGGGUUGUGUUAAUCGCAUGCGACUGUCCGUC